CACAAAAUGGGUGUUCUACACACCUUAGACCUGGAAAAUUUCAAAUCAUAUAAAGGAAAACAGGUGAUAGGUCCUUUCAAAAGGUUCACAGCAAUUAUCGGACCAAAUGGAUCAGGAAAAUCAAACUUGAUGGAUGCAAUAAGUUUCGUGUUAGGAGAAAAGGCUACGAGUCUGCGUGUGAAGAAGUUAGGUGAUCUCAUUCAUGGAGCGCCGAUAGGGAAGCCGGUUUCGAAUCGCUGUUCAGUGACUUUGAACUAUAAAGAGAAUUCUGGACGUAUGAGAAGCUUCACUCGAUCAGUCACUAAUGCCGGUUCAGAAUUUCGUGUUGAUGGAAAGGUGGUAUCAGUACAACAAUAUAAUCACGAAAUGGAAUCCAUUCAAAUAUUCAUUAAAGCGAAAAAUUUCCUCGUCUACCAGGGUCAAAUUGAAUCCAUCGCUAUGAAAAAUCCUAAAGAACGAACUGCACUGUUUGAAGAAAUUUCCAGGUCUUGUGAGCUUCAGCCUGAGUAUGAUCGUUUGAAGUUAGAGUUGCAAAAAGCUGAAGAAGAUGCUCAGCAAAAUAUGCACAAGCGUCGUGGUAUUGCCCAGGAGAAAAGGGAGGCAAAACUGGAAAGGGAUGAGGCGGAAAAAUACCAGCACAUGAAGGAUGAUUUGGCUGCUAAACAGCGACAGCUUUACCUUCUUGAAUUGUUCUAUUGCGAACGAUACGGGAAGGAAGCGCAAGAAGAUCUGGCAAGCAGAAAAAAGUUGGUGGCAGAACUCGAGAAUAAAAAGGUAAGUGGUGUCUGUCCUAGUUCCCUUGUUCAUCUUUUCUCUGUACCAUUUUUGAACGAAAUUGAUGAGUCUGUGAGCGAGAAGCACAAGCUGGUCAAGAAAUCGCAGCGAGAUAGCCAUAAACUAGAGAAAGAAAUUGCUGACAAGGAAAAAGAAAUCGCUCAUGAACGUCCGCUGUAUGUUCAAGUAAAGCAGGAGGUCCUUCAUGUGAAGUCAAAGCUGGAAACCUGUAACAAAACAUUGAACGCCGCGCAGAAACUCGCUGAACGCAACGAGGAGCAAGUGCAGGCAAUGGAGAAAGCUGCGAAAGAGUUGGAGAGGAAGAAGGCAGAGUGUGAGGCAGAACUCGAGUCGCAAAGUCAGGAGCUUGAUCUACAUUUGAACGAAGAGCAGAUAAACGAGUAUGUGAGACUGAAGCGUGAGGCUGCUAAAAGGUCAGGCUUAAUGGAUAUGCAGCUCAAUUCGAUGAGACAAGAACACGAAACGGAUCGGAGGUAUUUAUUUGUAGGAUAUUCUGGAAAAAUUGAAGAACCGCUUCAUUUACACUGGGUUUUGCAGAUCGAUUAUCUUGCGGAAAAUGCAGAGCAACAAAAAAUAGUCCUUCAAAACGAAGAAAAGAAUCUUGUAUCGAUGGAGAAGCAAGUGAAGGAAAGCAAAGAAAAGUUAGAGAAGGUUUCCGUCGAGCUCAACGAGAUCAAUAAACAACUAUCAGAUGCUAGUGGUGACUCGGCAGAAUCUGAGCGAGUAAGACGCCGCAACGAAGCUAUUGAAAACCUGAAAAGGGUUUUCCCCGAUAAGAUUCACGGUCGUUUGGUUGAUCUCUGCCAGCCUAGCCAUAAGCGUUUCAACUUGGCUGUGACAAAAGUGCUCCAAAAGCAUAUGAUGAGUAUCGUUUGCGACUCGGAAGAGACUGCCAGAGAUGCCAUCAUGUAUUUGAAGGAGCAACGCUAUCCCCCGGAAACCUUUCUUCCUCAUCAUGGUCUUGACGUCCAUCCCAUCAAUGAAAAACUCCGUGAGCUCACAUAUCCAAAAGGAGUGAAAUUAGUUUAUGACGUGAUCCAGUGCAACCAUCCGGCUGCAAGGAAGGCACUGCAAUUUGCAAGUGGUAAUGCACUCAUUUGUGAAACAGCUGAGGAUGCUAGGACGCUUGCAUAUGGUAGCGCUGGUGGUGACAGGUUUGUCUGUAGAUUUAUGGGUAUUCAGUUCACUAACGAAGUUAUAUUUCACUCGGUUUUCUACAGAUACAAGGCUGUUGCUUUGGACGGAACCAUGUUCCAACAAAGCGGAGUAAUAGGAGGUGGUAGCCAUGAGUUGAAGUUGCGUGCAAAGAAAUGGGAUGAGAACGCGUUGAAGCAGUUGCGUGAGCGUCGAGCGCAGCUCCAAGAGGAGAGCAACAAUCUACAUAGAACUCGACGAAAAGAAUUAGACGUUGAGAUGCAAAGGAAUAAACUAACCUCUGUCGAAUAUCGACUCAAAAAUAUGCAGCUCGAAAAAACGAAGUGUGAGACUGAUACUCUCAACAAGUUAACAUUCGAACUUGAAGCCUUGGAGUCUGAACUCAGUGUGAUUCCGCCGAAAAUAGAAGAAAUAGAAGAGCGCAUGCAGGAAAGGGAGAGAGAAAUAGCAAAGAUUGAGGCGAAAAGCAAUGCUGUUGCCGAUGAUGUGUUUGCUAACUUCUGCAAGAAAGUUGGAAUCAAAAAUAUCCGCGAGUACGAGGAACGUGAGAUGCGAUUCCAUCAAGAGAGAGUUGACCGCAUGCGAGAGUUCGAUAACGAACUUGAUCGUAUUCGCAAUGAGCUGGAGUACCUGCGUUCCGAGGACAAACAUAGGAAAGUUAAACAAGAAAUGGACAAGGUGAAAAAUCUUGAAAAGGAACUAGAGGCACUGAAGAAGAAAGAAACCAAGGAGGGGAAAAUUCUCGAGCGCUUGGAGAAGGAGAUGGAGGACCUGAAAAUUGCUGCCAUGGAAAAGAAGAAUGAACAGGAGGCGUUAGAAGCAGAACUUGCUACUGUGAAAAAGGAAGCUCAGGCAGCUCAACGCGAUGUGACAAGUGCCGAGAAAGCAGUUCUAGCUCUUGAGAGCGUAGUAAGUAGAAAACAUGCCGAGAGGCAUGGACUGCUGCGUUCAGCGAAGAUCAAUCAAAUUCAACUUCCCCUCAUAUCGGGUAGUUUGGCUGAUGUUGAUGCCGAGGAUGAAGAAGAAAUGGAUGGAAGUCAGCCAUCAGGCUCUAACAACCUCUCGCAGGAACAGAUAGAAAGGGAAGCGAAAAUCAAAGCCAACUAUAAACAGUUGCCUGAGAACUUGAAAGAUCUUAAAGACGAAGAGGAAGUGAAGAGACAUGUCGAGAGAAUGAACAAAGAAAUAAAUGAUGCUCAGGCUACUUUGUCACGAUUAAAUGCGCCAAAUCUAAAAGCAAGUCAAAGGAUGGAAGAAGUCAAGGAGCGAGAAGCGGAAACCACUGAGGAAUGUGAAAUGGCCCGAAAGAAAGCCCGCAAAAUCCGGUCAUACUUUGAAAAAAUCAAAACGGAGCGAUAUCGCAAAUUCCAGGAGUGUUUCGAGCCUGUUAGCCAGAAAAUUGACGAAAUAUAUAAGGCUUUAUCCCGAAAUGCUAGCGCUCAAGCCUUUCUUGGAGCGGACAACAUGGAGGAACCAUAUUUGGAAGGCAUACAGUACAACUGUGUUGCACCUGGAAAGCGCUUCAGACCAAUGGAUAAUCUUUCUGGAGGAGAGAAAACUGUAGCUGCUUUAGCGCUAUUAUUCGCCAUGCAUGCACGAAAUCCAUCUCCUUUCUUCGUACUGGACGAGAUCGACGCUGCACUUGAUAAUACGAAUAUUGGAAAGGUGUCUUCCUUCAUUUGUGAGUCUGCUCGCAGCGAUGUGCAGAUCAUUAUCAUCUCUCUGAAGGAGGAAUUUUACAAUAAGGUAGGUUUUUCGGUUGGCGAUGAGCAAGCUGAUGCAUUGAUUGGAAUUUAUCCGGAAGCAGCUGCGAUUUGCCCUACUUCCGGUGUGCUGACCUUUGACCUAACACCGUACAAACAGACUGGCCUAAAUGACACUAGCAUAAUGGAAAGCACAGUUGUGAAUCCGUAA